ACGAUCACUUGCUCAACUCGUGCUCGGCCUUUCCGUUUUAACAAGACACCUGUCUUUCCUCUCUUCCCUCCCUUUCGACAACCAAACAAACAUACCUUAAAAAACAUAUUUCUAUUCUAUAUUAUCUGUAUUUCAACAUGCCGGCUGCUGACACCUCAUCACUUUCCGGCCAUGGCCAGACUGUCUGCGUCACCGGCGCUGGUGGUUUCAUUGCUUCUUGGAUUGUUAAACUUCUUCUUGAAAAAGGGUAUACUGUUAGAGGCACUGUCAGGAACCCAGAUGAUCCCAAGAAUGUCCAUUUGAGAGAACUUGAAGGUGCUAACGAAAGAUUAACUUUAUGUAGAGCUGAUCUUCUUGAUUUUCAAAGUCUUAGAGAUGCCAUUAUGGGAUGUGAUGGUGUUUUCCAUACUGCUUCUCCUGUUACUGAUGAUCCAGAACAAAUGGUGGAACCAGCCGUGAAUGGGACCAAAAAUGUGAUCAUUGCAGCCGCAGAGGCGAAAGUCCGGCGGGUUGUGUUCACAUCCUCAAUAGGUGCUGUUUACAUGGAUCCCAAUAGGGGCCCAGAUGUUGUUGUGGAUGAAUCUUGCUGGAGUGAUCUUGAGUUUUGCAAGAACACCAAGAACUGGUACUGCUACGGAAAGGCUGUGGCGGAGCAGGCGGCGUGGGAGGAGGCCAAGGAGAAAGGGUUGGACCUAGUGGUGGUAAACCCUGUUUUGGUGCUUGGACCACUGCUCCAACCCACUAUCAAUGCUAGCAUCAUUCACAUCCUCAAGUACUUAACUGGUUCUGCCAAGACCUAUGCCAAUUAUGUUCAAGCCUAUGUGCACGUCAAAGAUGUGGCACUUGCACACAUUCUCGUCUACGAGACACCCUCUGCCUCCGGGCGAUAUCUCUGCGCUGAGAGUGUCCUCCACCGUGGAGAGGUGGUGGAAAUUCUAGCCAAGUUCUUCCCAGAAUAUCCCAUUCCCACCAAGUGUUCAGAUGAGAAGAACCCAAGAGCAAAACCUUACAAGUUUUCAAACCAAAAGCUCAAGGAUCUUGGCUUGGAAUUUACACCAGUGAAGCAAUGCCUAUAUGAAACUGUUAGGAAUCUGCAGGAAAGAGGUCACCUCCCAAUCCCAAAGCAGGCAGAAGAUUCUGUUAGAAUUCAAGCUUAAGGUGCCUCUUUUGGUUGCAUAUAUACACAUAUCUAGCUACCAGUUGGUUAGGGAACAGGUCCAUGAUCCCCAAAUGGUAGCAGUUCUGCUUUAUAAUAGUACAAAUAGGAAGAAGAUUGGAACUAAAAAAAGAAAAGAAAAAGGGAUGCAAGUGUUAUAUCUAAACAAUAAAUAAUAAUUUAAAAAAAAAAAGAAGAAGAAAGAAGGAAUUUGCAAGUGUUUGUCUUUUGUAUUCAAACCAUGCUACAAAUGGUCACAUGUUUUUAGAUUUAUGCAUUCUAGUGAAAUGUUAUAAGACUAAUAUGUUAAUUUUAAGUUCUACAAUUUGUAUC